AUGGAUAUUGAGCAGACAAAAGAAGAAUUUAAGCAGGCAAAAGAAGAAUUGAAGAAGGCAAAGGAAAAAUUGGAGAAAUUUAAUGAUAAAAAACAGGAAAGGUUAGAUGAGUUGCUACUGAAGAUGGCUAAUGAAGAAGAGAGGAACGAUCAACAGAAAAAAUAUUGGGGAAUUAUGAUAGAUAAUCUUAAUAAAGAGAAGAAUUUUUUGAUGGGCCAGGUGGAAUAUUAUCAAAACAAAUUAUCAGAAUUUAAUAAUAAUGCUGUAAAACGCAAGUCUGAAACAGUAUCAAGUGAAGAAGAUGUUGAUAGACGUGCAUCAGAUCGUAUUAAGAAAGUGAAAAAGACUGCAUCAGCUUUUGCUUUAUCACAAAAUUGGGUUGAAGAGUUAGAUAAUGAUAACCCAGCUUUUUUAAAUGGUCGUCCACCAAAAAAUUAUGAUAUACCAAUUACCUUGUAUCAUAAUGUUUUUGGAGAAUUUUUAAAAGAUUGUAAAGAUUUCAACAUAACAAAUGAAGACAAAAAUCUGGUUUGUGACCUGUUAAUUACAAUGAGUGGUACUUUUAAAAGCCACAAUGAGAGAGUAGAUGCAUUCCGAGAAUGGGCUAAGAGGUUUGUCAAUUAUGAUACAACAUCUUAUAAAUUCAAUCGCAAUGAUCAAGAAAUUGAUGGUGUAUGGAGAAAAGAAUACAAUGGGGAAACUAUUUUAUUUACCAUCUUUGAAUUCAAAAAUGAGUUUUCACAAGGUGAUCCUUACAUGCAAGCAUGUGCAUAUUUUGCUAAAUUUUUUGAAGAGUUGCAUGAUAAAAAUUCACAUAUCCUUCAUCAGACUUGCAUACCAACUUUUAUUGUUUACAUUUAUGGACCCUAUUUUGGAAUUGCUG